CACAAAUCCACUAACUCCAUACAAACAAACAAGUUUUUUUUAUGAACAAUUGGAAAUUGAGACUGAAACCUUACUCUUCUUUCGCCCUAACCCUUCAAAUCAAUUUUCCUCUCUUCGAUCUCUUCAACAAAUCGCUCCUCGAUUCAAAACCUAAUCAUCAAAAUCAAACCCUCAAACAUUUCUUGUAGCGUAGAUCUGUACAAAAAUCCUCACUUUUUGGUCAAAUUUUCAACCCUACCCAAUUUUUUUGGGUGAUCUUGUAGUUGUAUCAUACCCUUAGAAAUUUCACAUUUUUCUUCCCAUAUUUCUUUAGUUUAGUCUUUAAUCGUAACCCCAUUUUGACAAAUCUCAGUUUCACGGGGUUCCGCUAUAGUUACCGUUUCGGUGAUUCAGAAGAAACCCUAGGUUUGUAGUUGAGUUUAGUUGAUUGUACAUUCUUUUUGGGUAGAAUUUUUUUGGAUUUGAAACUUUGAAUCAUGAACAAUAACAAUAGAGGGAGAUAUCCACCUGGGAUUGGGUUAGGACGAGGUAGUGGUGGUGGUGGUUUGAACUCAAACCCGAACAAUGCAAACGCCGGGUUUCAACAGAGACCACAUUAUCAACAACAACAGUAUGUGCAGAGGCACCUGAUGCAAAAUCAGAAUCAGCAUCAGCAACACUAUCAGCAUCAUCAACAGAAUCAACAACAGUAUCAGCAGCAGAAUCAACAGCAGCAACAACAACAGUGGCUGAGGAGGAACCAGUUGGGUGGUGGUACCGACACCAAUGUUGUCGAGGAGGUUGAGAAGACUGUACAGUCUGAAACAAAUGACCCUAGUUCACAAGAUUGGAAGGAAAAACUAAAGCUUCCACCAGCUGAUACACGCUAUAGGACAGAGGACGUGACAGCAACUAAGGGAAAUGAGUUUGAGGAUUACUUUUUGAAGCGUGAGCUGCUAAUGGGAAUAUAUGAGAAGGGGUUUGAAAGGCCUUCCCCUAUCCAAGAAGAAAGCAUUCCAAUUGCCCUUACUGGCAGUGACAUUCUUGCUAGGGCUAAAAAUGGAACAGGCAAAACAGCUGCAUUUAGCAUUCCUGCAUUGGAAAAAAUUGAUCAAGAUAACAAUAUUAUUCAAGUUGUUAUACUCGUUCCAACACGAGAAUUGGCUCUGCAAACAUCUCAAGUGUGUAAAGAGCUUGGAAAGCAUUUACAAAUUCAAGUUAUGGUCACAACAGGUGGUACCAGCCUGAAAGAUGACAUUAUGCGUUUAUAUCAACCUGUUCAUCUGCUAGUUGGUACUCCUGGAAGAAUAUUGGAUCUUGCGAAGAAGGGUGUCUGUGUUCUGAAAGAUUGUUCUAUGCUUGUCAUGGAUGAGGCUGAUAAACUUCUCUCCCCAGAGUUCCAGCCUUCAAUAGAGCAGCUGAUUCAAUUUCUUCCCCCAACCCGUCAAAUCCUAAUGUUUUCAGCUACAUUUCCUGUUACUGUAAAGGACUUCAAAGAUAGAUAUCUUCGUAAACCGUAUAUCAUUAACCUUAUGGAUGAGCUUACUCUGAAGGGUAUUACACAAUUUUAUGCAUUUGUGGAGGAGAGGCAGAAAGUCCACUGCCUAAAUACUCUUUUUUCUAAGCUGCAAAUAAACCAAUCCAUCAUCUUCUGCAAUUCGGUGAAUCGAGUUGAACUCCUUGCUAAGAAAAUCACAGAACUAGGGUAUUCAUGUUUCUAUAUACAUGCAAAGAUGUUGCAAGACCACCGUAAUAGAGUUUUCCACGACUUCCGCAAUGGUGCAUGCAGGAAUCUCGUUUGUACUGAUCUUUUCACUCGAGGAAUAGAUAUCCAAGCAGUGAAUGUUGUUAUUAAUUUUGAUUUUCCCAAGAACUCAGAAACAUAUCUGCACAGGGUUGGUCGAUCCGGGAGGUUUGGGCACCUUGGUUUAGCAGUGAACUUGAUAACAUAUGAGGAUCGCUUCAAUCUGUAUAGGAUUGAACAAGAACUUGGCACUGAAAUAAAACAAAUUCCGCCAUUCAUUGACCAGGCUGUAUACUGUCGGUGAUUGGUGGUAAAUACCUUGUUUGUAUUCUCAACUGUGGUGAAUCACAAUGCUUGACGUGACUGCCACACAAGCAGGUGUGAAUGCUCUGUUUGAGGAUGCAAUAAGGAAGUUAGGGUAUUGUUGGACCCUUUUGUUGACUGUUUUGUCGUUAAUUAUGCUCCGAGUGAGUAUGCAAUAAGAGGAAGUUAGGGCAUUUAUAGACCCUUUUGUCGACUGUUUUGUUGUUAAUUUCCGCUUUUAAGAGCCCUGAAACAUGCUUAGGACCUAAAGUUGAACAACAGGGUUUUAAAUGCCAGAUAGUUGUUCGGUCUUGUUUUUGUUUCCGUGGAUUGCAUUUGCAUAUGUGGUUGUUAGCGACUGUUAUUACUCUAGAUUUUUCCCGUUUUCGUCGGUAAGCUGUUUAGGAAUAUGCCUUACUAUGAUGCUCCCCUUCCUUAUUGGCUAUUCCAUUAUGUCAUUUGAGUCUUUUGUUGUCAUUGUGGUUCACACAAUGAUUUUCUUGUUCCCUUGGGAAUUUGCUUCUCAUAUUAUGUUUGCAUGUUAAAAGGUGAUGAUGGUAUAUCUUCAA